AUGUCCUGUCCCAUCUCUGUGCCAAUCAUCUUUAUUGUAAGUUAUAAAAACGUGUCUUCGAGGUCAAGUCAAUUCCGGUUUCUGGGUUACAUCGUGUCCAGUUCUGGAUUAGAGAUGGAUCCUAAGAAACUCCAGGCUAUCCACGAUUGGCCAAUACCCACGACGCUCAAAGGUGUUCAAAGAUUCCUGGGGUUCGCCAAUUAUUACAGGAGGUUCAUUCAGGGGUUCAUUGCGGCACCAAUAACCGCUCUCACACGGAAAGGUGCCAAUUCCUCCAAGUGGUCGGAAGAAGCUACCCAAGCCUUCCAUCUUCUUAAGCAACGAUUUGUCUCUGCUCCAGUACUGAAGCAGCCUGAUACCAGCUUACCCUUCACCUUGGAGGUGGAUGCCUCUUCAGUAGGGGUCAGUGCAGUUUUAUCUUGA